GCUGUCGGCGAUGCGCGGACGGGUCUUCUUUGUGCGUGCAGCUGUUCGCCACUUCUCUACUGGAGGAGAUUUCGAUGUUGCGGUCAUUGGUGGUGGUCCGGGCGGUUACGUCGCGGCCAUCAAGGCUGCACAGUUGGGCUUGAAGACUAUCUGCAUUGAGAAGCGAGGGGCUCUCGGUGGGACAUGCCUGAAUGUCGGGUGUAUCCCCUCCAAGGCCCUCCUCAACUCCUCUCAAAUGUACUUCGAUGCCACGUCUCAUUUCAAGAACUACGGUAUCAAUGUUGGAAACGUUACUUUGGACAUCAAGACAAUGAUGUCUCAAAAAGAAUCUGCUGUGGAUGGUUUGACCAAGGGUAUUGAGGGAUUGUUCAAGAAGAACAAAGUCGAAUAUGCCAAGGGAUAUGGGAGAUUUGUUGAUGCUACUACCAUCGAGGUUGAGGGGCUUGAUGGCAAGAAGACCAACAUCAAAGCGAAGAACACAAUCAUUGCCACUGGCUCAGAGCCUGUUGAGUUGCCUUUCAUGCCCUUUAAUGACUUCACGGACCGCACUUGCGUCUCUUCCACUGGAGCUCUUCUGCUCGACAAGGUGCCCAAGACGUUGGCGGUCAUUGGAGGAGGUGUGAUCGGUUUGGAGCUCGGGUCUGUUUGGGCCCGACUUGGCGCCAAUGUCACUGUGAUCGAGUUCAUGGACAAGCUUUGCCCAACCAUGGACAAGGAAUUGAUCACCGCUUUCCAGAGGUCCUUGAAGAAGAACCUCAACUUCAAGUUCAAGAUGAGCACCAAGGUUACCGCUGCCGAUAUUCGCAAGGAUGGUGUGACCAUCACCAUGGAACCGGCUGCUGGUGGUACCCCGGAGAAGUUUGAGGCCGACGUCGCCCUUGUGUCUGUUGGUCGCAGACCCAGAACUGAGGAUCUUGGCCUGGACAAGGUUGGAGUCACCCUUGACAACAAGAAGAGGAUCGAGGUCGACGAUCACUUCAAGACUAAGGUUGGCAACAUUUAUGCCAUCGGCGAUUGCAUCAGGGGCCCCAUGCUCGCGCACAAGGCUGAAGAGGAGGGUGUUCACGUUGCGGAGGCAAUUUCAGGAAAGCACGGAACCAUCAACUAUGACGCGAUCCCCUCGGUCAUCUACACCCACCCUGAGGUUGCUUCUGUCGGCAAGACUGAGGAGGAACUCCAGGAGGCGAAGAUCGAAUACUCCAAGGGAGUGUUCCCCUUCCUCGCUAACAGCCGCGCAAGAGCUGUCGCCUCCGCCGAGGGAAUGGUCAAGAUCCUGGCGGACAAGAAGACUGAUCGCAUCCUCGGUGUGCACAUCAUGAGCAACGCCGCUGGCGAGCAGAUCCACGAGGCUGGUCUCGCUAUCGAGUACGGAGCAUCUUGCGAGGACAUUGCUCGCACUUGCCAUGCACAUCCGACCUUGUCAGAGGCCAUCAAGGAGGCUGCUAUGGCCUGCUAUGACAAGCCAAUCCACUCGUGAGGCGGAGGAAGGGACGGAUGUAAGCAGGGAGUGAAGUUAGGAGAUCGAUACCCACAUGUAGUUGUGGCUAAUGCCAGCAGCGUGUUUUCAAAGUUUGCGAUUGAAAGUUGAAGAUUUCAA